AUGGCAAACUCGAAUGCAUUACACGGUACAGUAGAAAUUUCUGAAUCUCCUGUAGACAAAUUCCAGAUACUUAUUAAUAUAACUGGUAGUCACUUAAGUGAUCAAGAAAGAUUGAAAUAUCGUCUAAGAAGUACAGAAGAUUCACUUUUUGUUGAACUGUAUCCACAGUUUUCAUCUCCAGCUCAUCGUAAUGAUGGUGAAGAAGAGAAAAUCUAUUUACAACUGUUAUGCGUUACAAUUAUAUCCCUUGUUCUAGUUGUAUUUGUUGUUUCUAUUAUAUUUUCUUGUUGGUGGACUAAAAGUUAUAAAAUACCAAUUGAUUUAGGUGUUACAGAUGCUGUUUACUAUAUUUCUUUGAAACAUGAGGAUGGUUUAGUAGACGGAGAGAAGAAAGAUUCAAGGAAGAAAUCAGCUGAAUCUGCAUCAAACGUCAAUGUAGCUAAUAUAUCUACAAAUUCUGGAAAUCAGUGCGAAUUGAUUGAAUUGAUAUCAACUCCACAUUCAAGAUCUGAAAAUAACAAUCAAACAAAAGCAUAUGUUUACGUCUCACCAACUGUGGCGUAUGCCACUGUUUCUAUUGGAAACAAUCCACAAUUAAACGUUUCAGCACUAAGGACUAUUCUACCGGCAAACUAUCCAUUACCACGUUAUGUUGUAGCAGCUGGUGAAAUGAGGAGUACUGGAAACAAUAACAAUAAUGUGACUUCGGAUUUAGAUCGAUUACCAGAUGGGACAAUUAUUGGCACACCAAUAUUAUUAUCAGCUAAUUCUUCGAAUGGUGUUAUCGCAGUUGCCAGUGCAGUUCCCCUGUAUGUCAGUAAUUAUAUUUCGGGUGCUUCGGGAGAAUUAAUGACAACUUCAAGUAUCGGUUAUAUGCCAUCUUUUUCAAUUCCAUCAAGUGUAAUUCCUGUGUCGUGCGAUUCUCAUCAAAUCCUUAAUCAUUAUAUACCUGGUCAUGGUUCAGAUGAAACAAGCGGUAUUCUUUCAGACUCUGAAGGUAGUACAAGCUUUACAGCUGGAGCUCAAACAAACACAUUUUUUCUGUCACAUCCAUUUUAUCCGGCUUCUGGUAGUUCUGAUGUGCAAGUUAUACAACCGGUAAUUAGUAGUAGUGGUAUCAUUCCUAAAUCAACAAGCUCCACAUUUUUAAAGUCGCUGACCUCACAAGGCAUUUCUAUCGGCAUUUCUGCUGCGAUUCCAUUUCUUCUUCAAUCAAAUUACCGUACCGGUGGCUAUAAUUUACAAGCAACAUUUUCAAUAUCAGCUUGGCCUCAUGCUAUGAAACUUCUCUGGGCUCCAAUAGUUGAUUCAAUUUACGUCAAUUUUAUUGGAAGACGGAAAACGUGGCUCAUAAUAACUCAGUAUGCGAUUGGAAUUGAGUUAAUUGUGCUAGCAAGUCGUAUCGAUGAUUUGUUUGGACGUGACCCUAACAAAGCGUAUAGUCAGUUAGGAUCACAUCAUCCAGUUGCUAUAAUACCCUUAACUAUAGCAUUUUUCGUACUUACAUUUUUGACAGCUACACAAGAUGUUGCGGUUGAUGGCUGGGCCUUGACAUUGCUAUCGAAGAAGAAUGUUGGUUUGGCUUCUACUUGUAAUAAAGUUGGACAGAGCCUUGGUUAUGCGUUAUCAUUUAUUCUCUUAGUUUGCUUAGAAUCUCCUGAUAUUCCUAACAAAUAUCUUAGACGAACGCCUAUAGCAGACAAAGGAUUAAUAACAUUUUCCGGUUUUCUCUAUGCAUGGGGUUUUGGUUUCAUGAUAUUUAACACAGUUUUGGUAAUAUUUAAACAUGAAAAAGGCUCGAAAUUGGAUGGGAUUAUACGUCACUUCGUAAAAAGUCGUUUAUUCAGUAAAUCGAAAUACUCGACGCACUCAUUGAACAGUGAACAGACGGCAAAUAAAAACGAACAAACGGAUGGAAGUGAAAAAGUCUCAUUGCUUAAUACAUAUAAGACUAUUAUUGGUGUUAUUCAACUGAAACCUGUCGCGUUGUAUUUGGUAUUGUUAGUUUUAGCAAAGGUAUGUGCUUUUGGUACAUAUAGAGCUACAAGUUUAAAGAUAAUCGAACAGGGUUUUUCUAGAGAGAAACUGGCAUUAUUAAACCUUGGAUUUUUGCCAAUGGAUUUUUUUUUACCCUUCUUAUUUAUGCGUUUUACUACUGGACCGAAACCAUUGACUUCUGGUCUAAUGAUAUUUUUACCAAGGUUACUGACAAAUUGUUUAUUUAUUCCAAUUAUUCAUUUCAUACCGCAUUUUCGAAUGAUUUCAAAUGAUACCAUAAUGAUGAAUAAUUCGAAUAUGACAACAUUAAAUAAUUACACAACUAAUAAUAUUAAUAAUCAUACAAUUAUUUUAAUGAAAGAUAAACCAACUUAUUCAUUUCCAUUGAUAUUCUAUGCAAUAUUGAUAAGUGGCUUCCUUUUGGAUAAAAUUACAUCAACAAUUAUAUAUGUACAAUUUCAUGCGUUUCAUGCCAAAAUAAGUGAUCCGAUUAUUGGAGGAACCUAUAUGACAUUAUUGAAUACUGUAGUAAAUCUUGCUGGUGCUUUAGGAACUACUGUCUCUCUCGCUCUAAUAGAGCGUUUGACAAUUCAUUCAUGUACGAAAAAUGCCAGUCAUUCUGGAAUACAUACAAACACUAGUGGGAUAUUUUUAAAUAGUUCAUUGGCUACUGAAAAUACCACUUGCUAUACUUUAGAUGGAAAUAACACAUGUAUUAAUCCAAUAGAAUCAUGCGUUAAAGUAUUCGAUGGAUACUAUAUUGAAGUGAUAGCUCUUUUCUUCAUUGGUUUAAUAUUAUUUAUAUGGUUCUUUUAUCCAAAAGCAAAAUAUUUGCAAAGUUUACCAGUAACGAAAUUUUAUUACAAUCCAACUACUGAUGAAUACAGUUGUUUUGGUCGUAAAUUUAACUGUUGUCGUAAAACGGAAAAUCAGUCAUUAGAUAUAACUGAUAAUUUUGAAAGUAUGGAAAACAAUGCUGAUACUACUAGUACUGCUGCUGUUGCUACUACUACUACUACUACUACUACUAAUAAUAAUAAUAAUAUUAAUGGUGAAAUCAAAUUACUAUUGAACAAUUAA